AUGGUGACUCGUUCUAAGGCAGGUAUUCACAAGCCCAAAGUCUUCAUUGCUACUAAGGAGCCACGGUCAGUCAAAGAUGCAUUGUGUACACCGCAUUGGAAAGAUGCAAUGGCACUUGAGUUUGAGGCGUUGCACAGGAACAACACUUGGUCUCUUGUUGAUCUACCACAUGACCGAACCCCUAUAGGCUGCAAAUGGGUUUUAAAAGUUAAGGAGAAACCCAAUGGGACUAUUGAAAAGUAUAAGGCUCGGCUGGUAGCAAACGACUUUCAUCAACAAUAUGGUUUUGACUAUAACGAGACAUUCAGUCCAGUAGUGAAACCAGUUACAAUCCGAGUAGUUUUGACUAUUGCUUGA